AUGUCAUCCGUAGUACCUGACAUGGAGAAAGCUUCGGGAUCAGCUGGUGGUCAAGGUCGCAAGGUUUGUCAUCGUUUGCAUUGGACGAUCGCUGAGGACGAAAAGUUGUCAGACCUUGUUAAGCAACAUGGUCCGAAGAACUGGAUUACAAUUGCUCAGAAUUUUGAAGGAAGAACAGCCAAAAGUUGCAGAACAAGGUGGUGCAAUCAUCUUGAUCCCCGAAUUGACAAAGGUCCAUUUACACCAGAAGAAGAAGAGAGGCUACUCGCGGCUAAACGCGUUCACGGGACCAAGUGGUCACUCAUAGCCAAGAGCUUCUCAGGUCGAACGGACAAUGCACUUAAGAAUCAUUGGCAUUUAAUAACGGCACGUCAGAGGAAAUCUUGUUUCAUUAGUUCCAGCACUUCUUCAUUUGGGAACGAAUCGAGUUCUCCUAAUAUUGGGGAUUCAUCAUUGAGCAAAGAAGGAGGAGAUAUGUUCAACAACUCUUUAGAAAGCUCAAAGCUUGUUCACUCAAACCCUUCAUCCUUUGGAAGCUUUCAGGGAGCAGCCGCAUUCGCGCUUCCAAUUAUUGUUUCUCCAAGUGAUUAUGAGAACCUUGAUUCUGCUACUAAUAAUGAUGGAGGGAAAGAAAUGGAUGUGGUGAGUAGCUAUGAUAACUCCUCCGGAGAGUCAAAGUUGAGCACUCCUUCUUUUGCGGAGCUCAAGCAAGAGAAUGAACAAACAGAGGAGUCCAAUGAUGAUGUUUAA